CUUUUUUGCAUUUGUAGGUACAGGGAGAUUCAAAAUAUUGGAUAAAAAAUUAAAAUUUCUUUAAAUUCAUUAAUUUUUUGUCAAAUAUUUUGAAUCUCACUGUAGAUAUUAAAGGUUUAUUGGCACUAUUUUAAUGAGCACAAAACGGCGUAACUUUUGUCUAAUUUAACCUCAAAUUUAACGAACUUUCUAUCUGUUACCAUUUAAGAAAUAAUACUGUUCCUAUGAAAUACUAGGGACACUGUAUAUAAAAAAAAUAUUGGUUAUUAUAAUAUAGUAUCUCACCUUUAAGAUGAAAACACCCUGUAUUUUGCUAUUUUAAUUAAUUAAAAUUCAUGAGUUACAUUUUUCAGAUGCUCAAUUUAAAGGUGGGUGAUGUUGGGUGGGGUUUAUGAUGGUGGAUGGGGUUCCCUCACCUGUAAGUCAAUCAAUCCUAAUUCAAACAUAUAAUCUUUAUUUUGUUGAUAUUUUUAUUCUAAGUGAAACUUUUAGAGAGACAUGUAUUAUUAAUUGUAAUAUUCCAGGUUAUAAAACAUAUAUUAAUGAUGCUAACUAUAACAGGAAUGAUGGUGUUUUGAUCUUAGUCAGAAAUGAUAUCAGGACUGAAUUCUCUAUUCUAAAAUUUGCAUUAUCUAAAGCAACGUUAGGACGAUUAGAAUGUUAUGUAGGGGGUAGUUCAAUAGGUAUUAAUGCAAUAUAUAAACCACCACCAAUUCCAAAGGCAGAUUUUAUAAAAGAUAUUCAUGAUCAUUUAAUUUUGCUGGGAAACUCGAAUAACUUACAACUACUAAUGGGUGAUACAAAUUUUAAUAUACUAAGUAGGUACAAUAGAUGUCAACAAUAUGCAGUUACAUACGUACUCGAAUUUCCCUACAAAACAUUGUAAAUUAACAAUAUCACACAAGAAAUUAGGUAAAUUUGUAUUUUGGUGAGUCACAGAAAUAUUAACCUAAAUUUUUUUAAUUAUUU